AUGAGAACAGUAUGUGAUGUCUGCGAAAGUGCCGCCGCUAUUCUUUUCUGUGCAGCCGACGAGGCGGCUCUUUGCAGUUCUUGCGACGAAAAGAGGAGAGAUGUAAACAUAUUCAUAACAGAAUUAGCCUCUGAUCAACACACUAACUACAAAAUAACAAAGGUGCUUAAUAUGACCUAUGCUGGCAUGACAACUGCCUUGGUUGAAAAUUUCCUAUCAAACCCUCAACUCUUAACCUUCAUCUGUUCUUUGUCAAUGACCGGCCGGUUUAAGAAAACUAGGGGAUGGUUGUUUACUGGUUUUCUCAGUUUGUCUUUUCAGAGGAGAGAUAUGCUCUCCAUCUCGAGCUGGAUAUUGCAUCCCCAGCUUGAUCAGAGUGUUUUUGAUAUGGUAGGCUUCAUUUAUCACAAUAUGCUCUUCCCGAGCUCAUGGAUUUAUUACGGAAUGAUUGCUUUGACAUUUGAUGACAUAAAUGAUUUGGUUAUCUUGUUUGCUAUCAAUUUAGUUGGGGAGAUGGCAGAAUGGAUUGAAGCUAUUGCUUGCACUGGUCCUAUCACUCGUGUAGGCAAUCGCAUCAGUGAAAUAUAUAUUGCACCUUGUAAUGUGUCUGCUGUAGUUGCUGAAAUCGAGUUGCUUGAUUUAUAUAUCUACUAA